UUCGAUGAUUUCGUAUGAAAUGCAUGUUAGCGAGCGUUGCAACAUUUGUCGGUUCUUUUCGUUCGUUUAGUUCAUUUACUAUUUAGUUAUCCACAAUCACAGUCGCAAUAUAAUUACAGUCACGCGAAGUCAAACAGGAGCUGGGUCGCAUGGCCAUUGGCAUUGAUACUGCUUGUACUACUAUGUAGUAUACGUGAAAAAGGGUGAAAAUUAAAACGCCGAAGUGAAUACAGACCAAACAUUUGACAAUGGCAGAACUUCCACCUACCAGGGAUGUCAGUAAAGAGGAGUUUUCCUUCAAGUUGAUGAGAAAGUUCAAAGUGUUCGAGCCACAAAAUAGCGGUCUUGACCAAAGACUAAAAUGGCUUGCUGUAUCCAAUAAAUAUGGACUGACCUUUUUAGUAUAUGGCAAAGGGUUUAAGGUUAUGCAAACCAAGUUUCUGGACGAGAAAGAUGUGGAAGCUGACAGGACACAUGUCGAGCAGUUUCCUGCCAUGGAUGUUCAGCUUUCGUUUGUGCCAAUGCAUGUGGCGUUAAGUUCAGAUGAUCUAACCUUGUCCGUGUGCAGUGUUCGGAGUCAGCAGGUCUUUGCUGACUUGUACGACGUUAGGGCAUUCUAUAAUAAGGACAAGAUGCCAACUCCAUUCCAAACUGUGAGACUAAGCACCACAGAGGGCGCCACGCUACACAACCUUGCAUGGCAUCCCGAGAAUGCUCUCUUGUUUGCCGCGUGCUUGUCUGACGGAACGGUCACUCUCUGUGAGGUGGGAUCAGACGGACGAUCCUAUAACAUGGUCGGAGGUUUGCCCUCGACAACAGGAGCAACUGCAAUUUGUUGGAGUCCAAAAGGCAAGCAGCUAGUUGUGGGAAGCGCCAACGGAACGCUGACUCAAUACAAGCUUACCUUGCAGGUUGCAAAGACUAUCAAUGUGCCACCUAGUGGUGGUCCAGCGCUAAAAGUGCUCGACGUUCUGUGGGUGUCGUCGCACGUGUUUGCAGCCGUUUACGCUAGCGCCGAUGACGAGCCGUCCCAGCAGCCUGUCCUUUACAUCGUUACGUCGUCUAAAUCCGGGCAGGUGAUGUACGUGAACUACGAUGACGUGUGUUUCGGGAGCGGAGACACGAGGAAGCAUAUGUACUACAUGUCCUACAUUACACCCUGGAACGACCUACAACGAGAGAGCCGCACGACGCCACCGAUGCCCGUCUUCCUGCUUCUCUCGACGGCCGGCAUCCUCAACCCGUUCCGCAUGACGUACGCCGCCGCCGGUGGCGCCCCCUUAAUGACGCGCGCCGUCGAGCCGCUGAGCGUCGCAGGGGAGCGGGUCGGAGUGUCGGCGGGCGUCGCCGCCGCCUCGCCUACGUCGUCGACGUCGCCGUUUCCCGAGACACCGAAGGCAAAUCUGUUUACACGCUUUGCCGAGGCAGACAAGGGUACGCCGGCAGCGGGCAUGCCCCCGUUCCCAUCCUCCGGCAGGGGCUUCACCCAGAUCGCCGCUCCGUCGGGAUUCGCAUCGCCCCCUGUGGCGCCGCCGGCAACAGCGACAGCGGCGGCAGGGGUCACCCCGCCUGCGCCGGCGGCGGGCGUGCAGGGUAGAGCGACGAAGGGCAUGAACGGGUUCCAGUUCAGCGUUCCCGCGCCGCCGGCACUGUCGUCGCUCGCCGACUCGCCAGGUGGCGCCCCGGUCACGCCGAGCGCGUUUCGUCCGCCCUCGGCCACCUCGUCCGCGACACCAGGGGGCGCCGCUCCAGGGCUUUCGUCGUUCGGCACAGCUCCGGGUUUCGGCAAGCCGCAGGGUCAGGCGGCCGUGACCUCGCAGAUUGCGGCGGGGUCUGUCGGCGGUGGCGGCGGCGGCGGCGGCGGCGUCGGCAGCAAGCCCGUCGCGAUGACGUCUAGUCUGCAGCCGGCGAAGCCGGCCGUCGUGCAGCCGAAGCCUCAGCAGGCGGUCGCCGUCGGCGCGCACGGCCAGCGGCAGCAGUCUACGCAGGAGAAGGCGUCCGACACGUUGGCGGCGAGCUUUCAGGAGGAGGUGAGGAUGAAGCUGAGGGUGCCGUCCGCCGACAUGGUCUACAACGUCGUCAGCAACAACCGCAACGCGGCGGCGACGCAGGCGCACCGCGUCGAUCGCCUCGCCGCGCAGCUCGCCGACCUGCGGCUGUACAACGCCGCCGCGCGCUGGACCGACAUCCCCGCCUCCGCCGCUCCACCCACCGCCGCCGCCGCGGGACACGACCACGAGAGGACGGUCGACCGCGGUGAUGGCGUGGACCUGUCCGUUCUUGCCGACUCGCUGCUGCAGCACAAGGUCUCCUCGCCGAGUCCCACUAAGCGGCUGUCUCCGGAGGCGCAGAGCAGACUCAAGGAGCUGCUGGGCCGGAGGAAGGUGACGCCUGUGCGAUCCACCGUGCCAGCGAACCUGAUGGUGUCGAAGGUCGUCUCGGUGGAAGCGUUGAAGCGUCAGCUGGAACACGAGCUGGCGUUGGAGGAGAGCGCCUGCGCGGAGCCUGUCGACGACGCCAGGGAUGCUGCCGACGGUGGCGCCACCUCUGCAUUCGGGCGACCACUCGCGCAGCCAGAUGGUGUGACCUCACAAUCGAUUAAGGUCACCCCGGAGGUCACUGCCGGCCAAACGACGCCCCCUGGCAAGCCGGCGGUCGCGUUCGACCAGCUUGCCGCGUUGGCGACGGCAGCCGGUAAACCGGAUGCACCCGUUACUCGGUUCGGUCAGGAGGGCAGCGCGUUCAGUAGCACGGCCUCCGCUGGAGCCGCGGCGGCGGCCGGCAAGACAGCCGCAGUUUUCACCUUCGGAUCGGGCGCCCCGGUACUGGCGACGGCCGGUGGAAAGACGGACACGCUCGGCGCCUUCUCGUUCCAAGCCCCUCCUGCGUUCACCGACGCGUCUCCCGCGGCGAAACCUCCGUUCGGUGGCGGCGGCGAGCAGAAGAAACCGGAGGGCGUUACCGCGGCGACGACAGUGGUCCGGUCCGUGGCUUCGUCCGCCGUGACGGCGCCUUCAGCUUUUCAGUUUAAGGCACAACCAUCCUUCUCUUUUGCGCCAGUGAGCACAGUCUCGUCUGUUGGCACCACCAGCAAAUCAGCAACUGUCGAGCCAAUAUCUACAUAUGCUGUCCUGGAAGACGUUACUCCACCGUCAACCCCCAGUUCAUCCGAACAGGAGGUGGGAGGAACUGUCUGUCCACUCGGACUCAAUGGCAUGACCAUAGAGGAGCUUAACAAAGGGGAAGAGGAAGUUGAGCAGGAGGAAGAGGCGGAAGGGGAGGAGGAAGAAGAAGAGGUGGACGAGGAACCGGAAGAAGGAGAAGGGGACGAAGAGGAAGACACGUUUACGAUCGAGGAGGAGACUGCGUCGACAGACACCGUAGUGUUGGCCCUCGCGUCCUCACAGGCCCCCGCCGCUCCCGCUUCCCAACCAUCCUCUCAGGCCUCGGCAUUCAGCUUCGCUCCCAAGACGAGCCCGGCGACCGGAUCGCUGUUCGCCGGCGCGGCGGCAGCGCCCGCAGCCGGAUCGUCCUUGCUCGGCGCUUUCGGAGGAGUCAAGACGAGUGGCUCGAUCUUUGGGGGCGCGGCCGCGGCAUCGCCGUCAGCGGCGUUUGUCUUCGGGAAGCCGGCCGGCGCCGGGUUCACGUUCGGCAAGACCGCCGUGCAGGCCUCAGCCGCCGCAGCGCAGCCGCCACCGACCUCUGCCGCCGCGGCGUUCACCUUCAAAUCGCCGUCGCAGGCGGCCGACGCUGCGGCAGCACCGUCGUCCGAGUCUGCUACUUCCCCCGCAGCGCAGGCGGCAGUUAGCAAGGGCCAGACGCCUGCUGUGUCGGCGGCAGCAGAGGGAGCGCCCUCUGUUGUCACGUCGGCGGCGGGUGAAGCGAGCGCGGCGGUGAAUUUGAGCUCGGUUUUCUCGUUCACUUCACCGUCGGUCUUCGCAUCGUCCUCGGUUACCACGGCAACGACGGCAGCAGCAGCGCCAACAGUGGCAACAGUAGCGGCAACAAUGACGACAACAUCAGUGGAUGCAACAGCAGCAGAAGCAGCAGCAGCAGCAACUACAACGGCAACGACUACAGCAGCGGCAACAACUGCAACAGCAACAUCAACAACGACAUCAGCAGCACCGGUAACCACGGGAACGUCGUUUGGGCAGCCCGUUGCCGCGGCUACGAGCUCCGUGUUUGGCGGCGCAGGUGCGACCGGAUUCAGUUUUGCGUCGCCGGCUGCUGCCCCAGCCCCUACCGGUCUGUUCGCAAGCUCUGGCUUCGCUUUGCCGUCGAGCGGCACAACAAGUGGCAGCACAUUCGGCGGAGCCUCGACGACGACCGCCGGUGCCACCUCGCCGUUUGGCGCAGCGGCGCCGUUGUCGCCGUUCGGGGGCGCCACCACGACAACGACGGCGGCGGCGACAGCAGCGACCUUCGGCGGUUCCUCAGGGCUGUUCGGAACAGCUCCGGGAAAGCCGCUGUUCGGUGAGGCUACUCCGCCGGCCACGGGAACCUCUCUGUUCGGCGGGGUUGCCACCGCUGCGCAGCCGACGACGACGGGAGCGUUUGCCGGCGCGUCCGUCUUCGGCUCGAAGCCGCUGUUCGAGCAGGCGCCCAGCAGUUCGCUGUUCGGCCAGCAGGGGGCGUUCGGCCAGUCGGCGUUCGGCGGCGCGACGGCCACUACGAGCAGUUCUAUCUUCGGACAGCCGAGUACGUCAGCGGCGGGUGACGGAGGCGGAGGUUUCUUCAGCGGCCUGGGAGGCAAGCCGAGCGCGGAGAACGCAAACAAGAGCGUGUUCGGUGGUUCCAACCAGGUGUUUGGGUCGUCUACGGCACAGGCAACGAGCCUGUUUGGCUCAACUACCAGUACGUUUGGAUCCGCACCAAAAGAUGCACAGGCGUCUAGUCCAUUCGGCAGCGGAAGUGCAUUUGGAGGAGCGAGUGCAGGGGGUUUUGGAUCGCCACCAGCCUUCGGGGGAGCUCCUGGGUUCGGGGCUUCUCCCCAGGGAUUCGGCGGCACGGCUUCCUUCUCUAACCCGCUGGGUGGUAGUGGCGGCAAGGUGUUCGCCGGGGAUUCUACUGCAGGCUUUGGCGGGGGUUUCGCCGGCAACAGCGCCGGUCCGACGUUCGGCUCGCUGGCCGCUCAGACGGGCGCCACGGGCUUCGGCUCCCUGGCUGCGGGCGCGCAGAGUCCGACGUUCGGCAGUCUACAGCCGCAGCAGCCGCAGCAGCCGCAGGGAUUCGGUGGGAGUGCUGGAGGCUUCACACAGCAGCAGCAGCAACAGCAGCAGCAGCAACAGCAGCAGCAGCAGCAGCAACAGCAGCAGCAGCAGCAGCAGUAGCAGCAGCAGCAGCAGCAGCAGCAGCAGCAGCAGCAGCAACAGCAGCAGCAGGGAUUCGGUGGGACUGCUGGAGGCUUCACGCAGCAGC